GUCUGUACUUGUCAACUGCAGCACACACGCAUGAUGCUGGCUGUGUCCAUGCACUUUCAAAUUCAAAGACUGUAACUUGAAUUAAGUCGUAUUUGGGAAUUUGCGUAUUUGCAGAAUAUUUUAUAAGGAAGUCAUGUUGUCCCUGAAGGAAAAGGACGGGCCCAUCAUUCAGAAGCUUUUGGAGGCUGGUUGUUGCAGCCGGUGUAUUCUCAGAUUCUGCUGUAUUGGGACUCAGUCUGCCUAUCGACUGUCCGAUGAGAACCUGUGGAAGGAGCUCAGUCCUUUCGCCGGCACCUCAAAUGUUGCUCCACAGCAAGACAACGUUGCCAGCCAGACGCCAUCAGAUGACCCUCCCUCCAAAAGAAUAAAGUUGGAGUCCGACGGCAAGACAGAUGGUGGUGGUGGUGGUGAGAGCGAGGAGGUUUCCACAGAAACAACGGGCCCCACAGAAGACAGCGCAAAGUCCUCUGUGUGUGUCGUGUGUCUUGGGGUGCUACAGGACCUUUGCAGUGCCAGUUUCACUAAAAAGAUAGCAGAGGAUGUGAAAUCUGAAGCGUAUCAGUUUGACGGUCUGGUGUUGGCGUUGUCACUUCCUGCCCAGCUGUCCGUCAGAGAGCACUCCUGCUGGCUUCACAUUAAAAAAGAAGUCAGAGAAAAGAGCAUGUGUCUGGACAAAGAGGAUGUUAUCCAGGUGAAGGAGGCCUUCAAAUGGACUGUCCAGGGUUUGCUGUCACAAGAGCUAGGGGUUUCCGUGGUGACCAAGAGUCCAUUUGAGGUGGGAGUUGGAUUCAUCCACCCUGAUACAGAUGGAGACUGCCAUUUCCUGGCAGAAGCUUGCUCCGACUGUUUCAAGCCAACUAAAAACAAAGAGUCUGUCUUUACAAGAAUGGCAGUUGUGAAAGCGUUGGAAAAGAUAACUGAUACACGAUUCCUCAAAGAGUACCCUAGCCCUCCGACGAGAACAAAGACGGCUUGCAUUGCUCAGGAAACAACAUGCCUGCACGUGUCUGCGUUUGUGGCAGGGCGAUACAACAAGUUCUCUCGGGAUCUGCCGCAGACUCCGUGGGUGAUUGACGGCGAGAGGAGGAUGGAGUCGUCGGUGGAGGAGCUCAUCGCCGCGCCCCUGCUGAACGCCUUCAACUCUGAGAGUUUUAACUUCUCCUCGUCAGGUAGAGAGGAUGUGGACGUCAGGACCCUGGGCAACGGGCGGCCAUUUGCCAUGGAGCUGCUGAACCCACACAGAUCAAGAUUCAACAAAAUGGAGAUACGCAAGCUGCAAGAGGAGAUAAACCAGUCUUCAAAGAAGAUCCGCGUCCGAGACCUCCAAAUUGUUACCAGAGAAGCAAUGAGUCGCAUGAAGGAGGGAGAGGAGGAGAAGACCAAGUCCUACAGCGCCCUCAUCUGGAGCCAGAAGGCCAUAACCGAAGAUGAUCUGAAGUUCAUCGCCAACAUCAAGAGUUUGGAGAUUGCCCAGAAGACCCCUCUGCGUGUGCUGCAUCGGCGCCCCCUGGCGGUGCGUCUGCGCGUGAUCCACAGCAUGAGCGCCAGCUUCCUGAACCCGCACCACUUCACCCUGCAGCUCAGGACGCAGGCCGGCACCUACAUAAAGGAGUUUGUGCACGGAGACUUUGGCCGCACCAAGCCCAACCUGGGGGAGCUGAUGAAGACAGAGGUGGACAUCCUGGAGCUGGACGUGGAGUCAGUCGAUGUGGACUGGCCCCCUGCAGUUCCGGAAUAACCUCUCGGAAUUCUCACCCUGACCUGACCAUAUUUGGGCAGACAUUGAGUAAUUCUGCACGCCAUAGAGCUCUUCCAGGCAUUCACAGUGGAGGUGCCAGAAAUGGGUAACUUUAUUUUCAAAUGCAUGGAUGGGAGAGAACGUAUAGGAUGUCUCGGAUGGAUCCAUAUUGUAUGGCAAGCCAAGCCACCAAACCACACCCUGGAAGUGGAUCCGUUAGCGAAAGACAUUCGGUGACACCUAGCUAAACAAGGGCAGUUAAGUGUUGCUAGUCUGAUGUUUUUGUUUUGUUGGUUUGCCCAGUGAAAUGUGUGGAAGUGAAAUAGUGUUUUGUAUAGUCCCCUGUGUCAGCUAGAAACACCUUUUUUUCUGUGUGGAUGUGGAUGAUCUAUGUUUUGUUGUUUGACUGAGUGCAUCCUGAAUGUGAAAAAGCUAUUGAAUUCUUUCAAGGAUGGCUACUAUGUUGCAUCCAAUUAAAAGAGGUUAUUUUCCAUCAA